GUGUGCGUAGUCGCCUUCUAUGCCAGUGUGUGUAAAGGUAGACUAGCGAGCUCAACGAAAAUCCCAGCGUGUGAAUUAGCUUGGAGUUAAUUUCGUCUUUGAAUUGUGAAACUAUCAAAUAUUUUGGCAAUGGCGAGUGGUAUGAAGGUGGUCAGUGUUGGUGUGGCACUGCUCUGUUUUUUCGGUUUCGUCACUUCGCAAUCUCAGUUGUCAUGCUCUGCUGUAUUCAGUGAUGGGUCAACGCAGUGGGUUGACAUGGUUGAACCCUGUGUAUUCAUGGUGAAAGAACAAAUACAAAGGGAAGUCAAUGCGUCCAUGGCGUACGUAGCAAUGGGUGCAUAUUUUUCAAGAGAUACCGUCAACAGGCCAGGAUUUGCCAAGAUGUUUUUCGAUAGCGCAAAAGAGGAACGUGAUCAUGCUAUCAAGCUUAUAGAUUAUUUGCUAAUGCGUGGUGAAACGCUGGAGGACAUAAAGAGUCUUAUAGUAGUGUCUCCACCAAAAAAGCUGGAGUGGAGGGAUGGUGUCAAAGCCUUGAAGGACGCACUUGAACUUGAGGGAAAUGUAACUGUUGCCAUAACAUCAGUGAUUAAGGAAUGCGAGUCCCCCAAGACAAAGGGUCAGAAACCUGGUAUUGGCAAUAAGCCAGGUCGAAAAGCAAAAGAGUCAUUCAACGAUUAUCAUCUGGUGGAUUACCUCACUGGGGUUUAUCUUGAAGAGCAGUAUCACAGUCAACGUGACCUUGCUGGAAAAUUGUACACACUUGGAAAAAUGAUAGAAAAUCAUGGCCCUCUUGGAGAAUUCUUGUUUGAUAAGAAAUUAUUGAGUGGGGAGGUGCCUGCUUUUGGUUAAGUUGCUGCAAUUAAGAACAAAUUUUUAUACCUGCAGAUGUGAACAGUUCUGUCACCUUAUUGUAAAGUUACUGAUAAUGUUUUAGCCACAUCUGAGAGUCCUAGUAGUAAUGUAAAUAACAUUAAAUACAAUAAAGUUUUCUUAAAAUUGCA